AGACACUAUGCAGCUUCCAAAUCUCGAAUCGACAUCGGAAAGUUCUUGAUCUCGCGGGGAGCCGACAUCAACGCCAGAGACAAAGCGAAUCAGUUGCCCCUCCAUCGUGCAGCCACCACCGGUUCGACCGGCUUUAUCACACUUCUCCUGCAUCCGCCCGGUGAAGGUCAUCCGAAACCAAGGUUAAACACCGGAGACCGCCUCGGCAACACACCUCUACACCUCGCGAUGGAGUCUGCCCAUGCGGAGGCCGCGGCUCUGCUCGUCGAAGCCGGGGCCGACAGAAGCCGUACGAACCUAGACGAGCAAACCCCGGAAGAGCUCGAGGGUGUGGGAGGGCAAGAGCAAAAGCGUGCAAGGGACUACCUCGCCAGCCGAUGCGGUAAACCCUGA